GUUGGAGUCGACUGCAGCUGCAAUUAUUACUCCGACUUUGCUAUACAUACCACGACUACUUUGGUUUAUUGUUCCACCGUAUCUGAAGUACCACCCGUUGUACCAGCUCUUCCAUCUCGAUACACAACAGUACCUGUCCGGCUGUUAUUCAAACAAGUUAGAUCAGUUCCUCAUUGACAGGAAUCUUCUCUAUUCACACUCCCACUUUCGACUUGAAUCUGCUCCACCAACCAGACCCUGGUGUUGCCCUGAUACCUCCCUCCACCCUCUCUCCCUUCGACGCACGCAUCCCUAUCAAUCCACGCCUAUUCUAGGAACCGCCUGAUCACUUCUUUCUCUCUCUUCCUCACUACCGAGACCGUCACUCUUCCACAGUUGGAAUCCUCUUCAUUUGAACCCUGCGCCACUCACAUGCCCCCGCCAACGCCCUUGAUGGUCGCCUCUCCUUUGCAAUGCUAUUGCGAUUACCCAAAAACCUCCACUACCCCCUCACUAUCAUCAAGGUUGAGAAACCAGUCGGCGAGAACAUUACCUUGAACCAGCCGCUGUUCCUCUACUCCUAUGUCACAAAGGUCAAAGAAGGCAGUCGCUACGAUGACGAGGAGAGACAAGUGGACAAGAAAUUUGUCGCUCACUUUGAGAGCACCUUAGAAGGAAAAAUCAAAGGAUGGAGAGUCUGGGAAGGCGAUGUUAUCGGUCAUCCUCUUGACAUCUGCGAAAUUGAGGAGGAAUGUACUCAUGCUGUCCAAUUCUUGGGCAUGUGUACCAAUUGCGGGAAGGACAUGACCACGUGAGUAACUCUUCGACCUUGCCCUUCGUUCCUACAAACAUUCUGACGUGUCCUCAGAGUUCAAGCAGGAAGCGAGACUACCGACGCUGACCGCGCACCCAUUCGCAUGGCUCAUGACACUCCUCAUCUUACCAUCUCUACCGAAGAGGCCAACAGAAUCGACGAAGAAUCUAAGCGCCGAUUACUUUCCACCCGUAAACUUUCCCUCGUCGUUGAUCUUGAUCAGACAAUCAUUCAUGCGGCUGUGGAUCCCACAAUAGCCGAAUGGCAAAAGGACAAAGACAACCCAAAUUAUGAAGCUGUCAAAGAUGUUCGCGCUUUUCAGCUCAUUGAUGAUGGUCCAGGCAUGCGCGGCUGCUGGUACUAUAUAAAAUUGAGACCUGGCCUCGCCGAAUUUUUGGAAAACAUUUCUCAGCUCUAUGAGCUUCACAUCUACACUAUGGGCACUCGACAAUAUGCACAACAGAUUGCUAUGAUCGUGGACCCAGACCACAAAUAUUUCGGAGACAGGAUACUGAGUCGAGAUGAGAGCGGCAGCAUGGUCGCAAAGCAUCUUGAACGGCUCUUUCCCGUCGACACCAAAAUGGUGGUCAUCAUCGAUGACAGAGGUGAUGUUUGGAAAUGGAGCACAAAUCUCAUUCGCGUCACCCCUUUCGAUUUCUUCGUUGGAAUUGGCGAUAUCAACUCUAGUUUUCUGCCCAAAAAGCAAGAAAUCCAAACGACCCUCAAAGCAGAGCCAAAGUCAAUAUCUGCCAAUGGUACAGAUUCUACUGACGAACCUACAACAGCCAAUGGAGCGUCUGAGAACGAGGCAGCCAACGGGACCGAUGCCUCAGCCCUGGAACAGCUCAUGGCGAUGGCUGGAGGAGACGACCCACUUGCGCGAGAAUUACAAACGAAAGGACAAGAGGAAAUCAUCACGUCGCAACUUGCAGACAAGCCUCUUCUCAAGAUGCAACUGGAACAAGAUGAGCGAGAUGAGAAAGAGGCCAUUGCUAACAGCGACGCCUUAGCAUCUCAAUCCACGGAAUCUGAUUCUAGCGACUCGUCAGACUCGUCAGAUGUACCCUCUCACCAAAGGUCGAAGCCGCGCCACAGUAUUUUAAAGAACGAUGACGAAGAAUUGAUUCACCUUGAAUCCAGCUUGACGGCUGUUCAUACCGCCUUUUUCGCAGAGUAUGACCGCAAGCGCUUGGCAGGAAAGGGCGGACGGGUUGCAGAGCUCGCUGGAACACGCAAAAUUGCGCUUCCGAACCCAGAAGAUGAUGACGGCACCGCGGUUGACCUUCUCUUGGUCCCUGACAUCAAGAGAGUCAUGCCGGCGAUGAAACAUCGAGUCCUCACGGGAGUGACCAUCGUCUUCAGUGGGGUGCUGCCUCUCGGGACUGACAUUCAAACUGCCGACAUUAGUACCUGGGCGAAAAGCUUUGGUGCCACAAUCACUGACAAGGUUGGUCGAGAUGUCACCCACCUUAUUGCCGCUCGUCCUGGGACAGCCAAAGUCAAACAAGCAGUCAAGCGCGGCAUCAAAGUUGUCGGCACGCCCUGGCUAGUUGAGUCCAUGCAGCAGUGGCGAAAAUUGGACGAGCGGCCAUACCUACUCCCAGGAGUCGGCAAGCAGAAACAGAGCACGCCAAGUGACCUCGGAGAGUCUUUCGAGAAGACGAAUGUGAGUGCGAAUGAUUUCUUGCUUUCGUCAUCAGAUGGUGAAACGACAGGCGUGGAUACGGAGGACGAUCAGCCUGUCCGGAAAAAGCUCAAGCUCGAUCUAUCUGGUGAUGAAUCGCUUAACAAUGGCGCUCAGGACGAUGAAGAAGAUUUUAUCGACGACGGCAGCCCAAUCACCAUUGAUCAAAAUGAUCGUGCAGACAUCGACGCCGAACUCAAGGAAUUACUCGGAAGCGAGAUGGACAGUGAGAGUGAAGCAGAAUCCGUGGCAUCGUCUCUAAGCUACAGAGAGCGUAGGGCCGCUAAGAGACGGCGAGAUGACUUCGAGAAUGACCUUUCAGACACUGAACGCCCGCCUGGGUCAUCUUGGAACGGAACCGGAGGCAGUGGACUCAAAACCGUGGCAAAUGUGAACAGUGCGAGAAACUCCGAGGCCACGGACACACCAAAUGAAUUGGACAUCGACGAAGACAUCUCUAAAGAACAAAGAGCCAUUGAAAAAGAACAGGAGCUCGAGGACGCCGAGGUCGAAGACUCGGACGACGAGUUGGCGAGGGAGUUGGAGCGUGAGCUUGAAGAGGCCGACGCUGGACUUGAGACGUCACGGAUUCUGGAUUCAUGAUGCAUAUGGAUGUGAAAAGAUCUGAGAUCUCAUUGUGGUCUUUGUUUGGUUCUCCAACAGGCCGGUUGGAAAAUCCCCCACGCAUAAGCCGGAGUUGGGGGCUAUCUGGACGUCUGACUUGGUUUGCAUACAAAUCCCCGGAAGGCCCUUUAUGUAUAGAUACUUACCUUAUAUAUACAUAAUCCUCGAACUGUCGAUCUUCAGCACUCUUGCGCCGGCUAGUUUCCUAUCACUGUGA